AUGAGUGAUGUUAAAGAAAAUAAAGGAGGUGUCUUCUUCGUUUAUGGUUAUGGUGGAACGGGUAAAACUUUUUUAUGGAAGACAAUAUCUGCAACAAUUAGAUCUAAUGGUAAUAUUGUUUUAAAUGUUGCUUCAAGCAGUAUUGCUUUGUUAUUAUUGCCUGGUGGUAGAAUAGCACACUCUCGAUUUAUACUUCCAUUUGAACCUACAGAGGAUUCUUUUUGUAAAUUAAAUCCAAACGGUGAGUUGGCUAGCUUAUUAAGAAAAGCCUCUUUAAUAAUUUUGGAUGAAGCACCUAUGGUCCAUAAGCAUGCAUUUGAAGCUUUAGAUCGAACUUUGAAAGAUGUAUUAAGGUGUGGAAAUUCAAGCAUCUCAAAUAUUCCAUUUGGAGGGAAAGUUAUUGUCUUUGGAGGAGAUUUUAGACAGAUUAUGCCUGUUGUUCUGGGUGGCAGAGAAGGCAAACUCGAUGGUCCGAACGAUGGUGAAACGAUUAUCGAUAUUCCAGAUGAUAUUCUCAUUAAUGAUCCAGAUGAUCUUAUAGGUUCGUUAAUUGAGUUUGUAUAUCCUUCAAUUUUGGAGAAGUAUAGUAGUACAAAUUAUUUCCAAGAAGGAGCGAUACUUGCUCAAAAGAAUGAAGUUGUUCAGGAAAUAAAUGACCGUUUGCUUAAGAAAUUUCCAGGAGAUGAGGUUGAAUAUUUAAGUUCAGAUAGCAUAUGUGAGUCUGAAUUUGUCAAUGAUCAAUUUGAUGCAAAUUUAUACUCUCCUGAUGUAUUAAAUGGUCUCAAAGUAUCCGGUUUCCCUAUUAAAAAUUUAGUUUUAAAAAAUGGUGUUCCAGUAAUGUUACUGAGAAAUAUUGAUAAGAAAAAUGGUUUAUGUAAUGGCACACGACUACAGGGGAUAUCAUUGGACAAACGUGUUAUCGAGGCACGUAUAUUAUCUGGAACUAAUAUUGGAAAUCGGAAGUUUAUUCCAAGAAUGUCUUUAACUCCAUCAGAAAAAAAAAUUCGUUCAAAUUCACAAGAAGACAGUUUCCUUUGUUCGUCUGUUUUGCAAUGA